AUUGUGAUUGGCUGAAGUACGCACUACGCGUACACACUCGUACGUAUCGGUUGGUAUCUGUCAAAGGCGGGCUUCGAUGAGGUUAGUUAAGGAAAACAAAAUUUUCACUGCGUAAAUGUCUUCCACUUAAGAAAUCUACGUGUUUCACUAAUAUGUCACACAAUAUCCUAAAAUCUAUGGGGCAUGGAUUUUGCGAUGCCAUCUUUUCCAGUUCACCUAUUAAUUUUGAUAAGGAAAAUACAAAUUCUCUUAACAAAACAGAAAAGAUAUGUUCUGGGGUAUUUAACACACCUCAAAAAGGGACUGAAAAUUCAAAUGGAAACAAAUGUUUAAAACGCGAUAAACGUAAAAUACUGCUUGAUACUGAAGCAGUUAAAAAUUCGAAGUUGACAAGUACACCUUCUAAUGCAAAUCUUGUUUGCUCCAAGUCUACAAAUGCACUUCAGGGGAAACCAAUUUUGUUUCCUGAAAAUGCAGUACCUAAUGAAAAAUAUAAAACUUCUAAAGUAGUGUCUACUACUUCAUUAAAUGAUAAGACAGCUACUCUACAUUUUUGCACACCUAAGCAAUAUAAAUUACGUACUGUUGUAAAUAAUACAAAAAUGAAUGUUUUACCUUUAAGUAGAACACCCGUAAAACAUUAUUUUAUCGACAAUGCUUUGUCUGAAUCUACUCCUGAUUGUUUUAAUACAGUACAAGUAGAAACACCAUGUGCUAAAACACAUGAAAUUUGUGUAGAAGAUCAAACAGUGUGCGAUGGUGAAAGUAGUAAUUUAAUUGUGGGAAUACGUGUUAGACCUUUAAAUGCAAAAGAAUUAAAUGACUCAAAGAUUACAUCAGUUGUACAAGUAAAUGGUCAGAAUGUUAUUGUUAACUGUGAUACUAUUCAACAUACUUUCAUGUAUGAUCAUUGCUUUAUGUCACAUGUGGAUGCAACUAAAUCUGACCAUGCCAAUCAAGAAACUGUAUUUAAAAGCAUGGUUUUACCAUUAGUACAGAAUGCAUUUGAAGGCUACAAUGUUUGUUUGUUUGCUUAUGGACAAACAGGUUCUGGUAAAAGUUACAGUAUGAUGGGUCAAGAAUCACUACAGAUGAAUUUAACACAGUUUGACGAAGCAACCGGUAUUAUUCCAAGAUUUUGUCAAGAACUAUUUACCAGAAUACACGGAAAUGUAAACACUAAAACAACAGUAGAAAUUAGUUACUUUGAAAUUUAUAAUGAGAAAAUACAUGAUCUAUUAACGAAUGUUAACAAUGGGGUAAAGAGAGCUCCUCUAAAAGUGAGAGAACAUCCUGUUUUUGGUCCUUACAUUGUUGAUUUAAGUCAACAUUGUGUACAGAAUUAUAAAGACUUACAGACUUGGCUGAAAGUAGGUAAUUCACAACGAGUUACUGCAGCAACUGGAAUGAAUGAAAAGAGUUCAAGAUCUCAUAGCAUAUUUAGUAUAAUAUUAACACAAGCACAACAAAGUAUUCAGGUAAAUGAAGAACCAACAGAUGCUAGUCGUCGUAGUAAAAUUAAUUUAGUAGAUUUGGCGGGUAGCGAGAGACUAAGUCAAACUUGUGCCAGUGGAGAUAGACUAAAGGAGGGUGUAUCCAUUAAUAAAUCAUUGCUCACAUUAGGAAAAGUAAUUGCGUCUCUUGCUGAAAAUAUGAAUAAUCGGAAACGAGGUUUUGUUCCAUAUCGUGAGUCGGUGCUUACAUGGCUGUUGAAGGUAAGUAACUUUAAAACAAAUAUAUUCUCCAUCCUUUAGCUAU